GAUUUGUUUACCGCCAAACACAGCUAAAUUUCGCCAAGUCCAUUUACAAAAUUUAAGAAAUUGAGAUUUCCUAUCAAUUUUUUUUCACUCUUUUUCCAAAAAUCUUUCAUAAUACCAGACGAAUUUCGCUGAUAAACAUCAGGAAAAAAAUUAAUGUAUUUCUUCAAUAAUUAUUAUUAGCGGAUGUUUAAAAAAUUCUACUUUGGCGACUAAAUUAAAGUAAUGUAUUUUUUUCCCCAAACAAUUUCCACGACAUCUAAAAACAGUUGUAUAGUUUGAGAAUAACCGGUAAUAUUUACGUGGAGGCUUUUAAUUAUCGACACAUUUGUUUUAAUUUAAAUUGAGAUAUGGCAAAUCAAGGGACUCCAGAUGUGCUAUUUGAAAUAAGGAAUUCAUUUUUCAUUGGAAAUUAUCAGUAUUGCAUAAACGAAGCUCAGAAAUUAAAACGUAUGCAACAUUCUCAACUCAAUGAUCCUGUUCUUCAACUUGAAAAAGAUAUUUUCAUGUACAGAGCAUAUAUUGCACAGCAUAAAUAUGGAGUUGUAAUUAAUGACAUAUCAUCCUCCAGUGAUCCUGAGCUGCAGCAUGUUAAAAUGUUAGCAGUUUAUUUAAGUGGAGAUACAGAUAAAAAGAAGGAUGUGGUUAGCUCACUAGAGAAGAAGAUUCAAAACAUUAACCCAGAGGACAAAAUUCUACCUCUUAUGGCUGGAUUUAUUUAUUUUUUGGAAGAAGAUUAUGAUUCUACAUUAAGAAUUCUUCAUAAAUGUGAUAGUUUAGAGUGCCGUGCAUUGACUAUCCAGACUUAUCUCAAGAUACACAGAAUUGAUCUUGCUCAGAAAGAACUGAAUGCAAUGAAGGAAGUCGAUGAAGAUUGCACUUUAACUCAGUUGGCACAGGCUUGGGUCAACUUAAGUAAGAAUGGCGAGAAACUUCAGGAUGCGUAUUAUACAUUCCAAGAAAUGACUGAUAAAUAUGCUAGCACACCAUUGCUGUUGAAUGGUCAAGCAGCUGCAUUGUGUGCUAUGGCUAAAUAUGAAGAUGCUGAGUCUUUACUACAGGAAGCUCUUGAUAAAGAUCCUAAUUGUCCAGAAACUUUAGUUAACAUGAUUGUUGUGUCGCAACAUCUUGGAAAAACAAAUGAGGUUAGUAAUAGAUAUUUGAGUCAGCUAAAGGAUUCAUGUAAAGAUCAUCCAUUUGUGAAAGAUUAUUCUGCCAAAGAACAAGAAUUUGAUCGUCUAUCAAAGAUUUAUGCUCCAGUAUCAAGUAACUAAUAAUUGUCUCAUAUUUUAUGCAUUUCUAUAAGUGGAAAGACUUGUGUUGAAGCUAUGUUAUUUUGAUCAUAGUUCAUUUUAUGAAGUUUAUAUAUCUAUAAUUGUAUUGUUUAUUACAUGUUAUGUAAGGUUUCAUAUAAUUCUGAAAAAUAAAUAAACUUUUUGUCAUA